UAAAUAUUAGAUUUUUGUUUUUUUUCAAAAUUUGUACAUCUUGUCAUUGUCAUUUAGAGUGGAAGCACAAGCAUGUCCAUUGUUUUGGAUGUCGUACAAAAGAUCGUCCUGCAUGGCGCCUAUGAGUUGACGUGCUCCGCAGCUGUCGAAGUCUUCAAGAGAUGCCAAAGCUUGGAGGAAAGCACAAGUGGAAAAUGCGAGGCUUCUGUCGAGAAAGGAGAUCAACAAUGGGAGUCCGCUGCAGGUGUGAUAAAUAUACAUUUACCAGAUAACCCCAAAGAGACAGAACAAUUAAAACUGGAAGACAAACCCGUUGGCAAAGAACCGGAAUUAAUCCGUCCUGUUUCCCUGCUAGAUAUAACUGUUAAGAAUAGUGGGCCGAUUUGUCCGCCAAAAACGUCGUGCAUGCGACUGGCCAGGAAUAGUUAUUUUUCCUAGACCGAUAUGAAGGCAAACAACAGGUAGAGAUUAAAGAACUUUAAUAGAGCAUGGGAUGAUCAACAACUUUGGUAACAAAUUGAACAAAUAACUUUAUGGUUACGCCCAUUAAUUGAAUCAUUAAACCAAAUUCUUUGUAGCAUCUACCAA